AUGGCAGCAGGCGGUCGGUGUCUAUUGGCGCUGGGGCUGGUGCUGAUUGCCAGUCCGAGCCUCGUGAGCAGCGCCGGGUGUGCAUCUGGGUCGUCGACACUCACGACCGAGGGGUGUUCGGGCUGUGGGGGCUACGACUUGUGUCUCGGUUACACGUCGAAGAGCGCAUGCUCCGGCUCAGGCUGCGAGACGGACGGAGACUGCACCUAUGACUGCAUGAGCGUCGACGGGAACUUGACGACGCUGGACGUGCUCAUUGACUUCGGCGGGUUCCGAAGCGCCCAGGAGACGGCGGCAGGGGGGUUCUCCGUCUCAGGCUACCCGGACUUCACGGAUACGUGGCCAUCGGCUAGUAACGACGAUGUCACUGCGGUUGGGACGAUCACACUGUCUGAUUCAGUCGAGACCUUCAUUAUGUCGGGAGGAACUGCUGCGAUGAAUUAUCCGCAGGGGAAAGUGGCGAGUGUUACGUUGACGUCGGACUUUAUUUCGUCUGCUGCCACGGUGACGAGAGUGGUGUUGCAGAACCUCGCCUUGUCGGACCAGGCGGACGACUUGGCGAGGUUACUGCCGUCCACUGUCACAAACCUCGAGCUUACCAACACGCUGAUCGAGACGUUCCCAGCAGAGCUUGGGGGCCUGAAAUCGCUCCAGCAGCUGCUCUUGGACUACAACUACAUCACGUCUGUAGAUACGUUGGACGUGAUCGACUCGCUGACUACGCUGAGUCUAGAGGGCAACAGCAUCAAAGCUUUUACAGGCGUCUUCCCCAAUCUAGAAUACCUAUUUCUAGGUGACAACAACCUCACAAGCGUCCCCACCGCCGUUUACAAGCAUUCGUAUCUGAAGACACUAAAUCUGACUGGCAACCCCUUCUCCGUCCGAGAGUUCACGCGCGAGCAGGCAGACUUCUUGAAUGAUUUAGAGACGUUGUAUCUGUCUGCUUCCGACUUCACUGUGGACCUCGAGUGCGACGACAGCGAACAAGUCGCCAUUCACGAAGUGACAGUGUGUCUUGGGUCUGGAGUGACGGCGUCGUCGACCGACACUAGCGCCGAUGCCACGAGCACAACGAAAAGUGAUACGACCAGCGGCACCAGCACUGCGUCAAGCUCAACCGAUAGUAAUGGAUCCGAGACGACGACUACCAGCUCAUCUGACUCGUCCUCUUCAACGAGUAUGAUCGUGGGAAUUGUCUGUGGAGCCUUGGUGGUUCUAUUUGCCAUCUUCCUCUUCGUUAUUUACCGACGGAAGCAGAAGAAUGCUGCACAGCAGAAGCUCGGUGAAUCCUUCGAAUUCAGCGGGACGCGCUUCCCCUCGAUCGACAGCGACCUUGUGCUUCAACAGCAACACUAUGGAGACCUGCGGACCUCAGCCGUGUAUGCCAUGGACAUCCCGAUGACCUCGACGGAGUUUUCGAUGGCGAACCAAACGGUGGGAGGCGGCGACGACGAAAGCAUGGGCAUUCCGACGUCGAUAGAUGGUAGUGUGGGCAUCCCAACGUCCGUGGAUGCAGAACGAAAACCUGCCCGCUUCAUGUCGAUCUGGAACGACCCGGAUCUUCUAUCGUUGCAAGUGCGCGCAGCAGACGUCAAAGACCUCAAGCAACUGGGGAAUGGGGCAUUUGCUAUGGUGUGGCUUGUGCGCUACCGGGAUUCGCAGUUGCUGGCAUCAAAAAGACUCCGACCGGAAAGACGGACGAAGAAACAUACAAUCAUGUUCAUCGAGGAAAUCAAGCUCGUCGCCAACUUCGAUCACCCGAAUCUCGUCAACUUCGUCGGUGCAGCGUGGACGAUCGAGAGUGAUCUGCAGAUGCUGCUCGAGUACAUGGAAGGAGGCGAUCUCCGUCGCUAUCUCUCGAGUCCGAAUACCCCCGUCGGUUGGACAAACAAGAAGUUCAACAUUGCCAUUGGAGUCAUCGAAGCGUUGGUGUAUUUGCACUCGUUUGUGCCCCCGCUUGUCCACCGCGAUCUCAAGUCCAAGAACGUAUUGCUCUCAUCGGAUUUCAAGGCAAAGUUGAGCGACUUUGGGGCUUCACGCUUCCGAUCAGUCGAAAAUACUAUGACGGGUGGUGUUGGUACCGGUCGAUGGCUAGCGCCUGAGGUGAUUCGAGGUGACACGGACUAUGGCUCUGCUGCUGACAUCUAUAGUUUUGGUGCACUGCUGACGGAGCUGGACACCAACAAGAUCCCGUACAGCAACGCGCGUGGGUCGAACGGGAAGAUUCUGUCGGAUAUGACGAUCUUGCAUCGCGUCGCAACGGGCAAACUGCACCCACAGGUGGGGUCAGAUUGCAGCCCGGCACUGAAGGACUUGGUCGAGCGAUGUCUUGUCGAAGACCAGGCACAACGGCCAGCUGCAGCUGUCAUUGCGUACGAAUUACGCUUGAUCAAGAAGGACAUGGAAGCUAUCCUCGCUCAAGCUUCCGCCGACUUGACCCUCAGCGAGCUUAAUUGA